AAGUUUCAAGUACUCCACUAUUUUACUAGCCCUAAAGGGCGUUUUUGUGGACUUUCUUGGCCCCCAAGUUGCCCCUUUUGGCUUAUGGACAAUAUAAAUGGUGGCCUUGGACUUCAGGGUGAGAGGUAGGUUUGUUAGCAGUGUGGUUGGGUGCAUUGUGAGAAUGGUGGUGAAGUUGCAUGGUGCGGCUUUUGCCGCAUGCCCGAGGCGGGUUGCGGCAUGCUUGUAUGAGAAGAAUGUGGAGUUCGAGCUUGUAAAUGUCGACCUCUUUGCCGGAGAUCACAAGAAACCCGAAUUCCUCCAACUUCACCCCUUUGGCCUUGUCCCUGUGAUUCAAGAUUGUGACUUGACCUUCUUCGAGUCGAGAGCUAUCAUUCGAUACUAUGCGGAGAAAUACGCAGGGCAAGGGACUGAUCUCUUAGGCAAGAGCCUAGAAGACAGAGCAACUAUUGAGCAAUGGCUUGAAGUCGAGGCGCACUACUUCAACGAACCGGCCUUCUCCCUAGCCUUCCAAGUACUUUAUGCAGAAAAGCUUGGGCAAGAGCCUGACCUCAAUGUGAUCAAAAGUAGUGAGGAGAAGCUCACCAAGGUGUUGGAUGUGUAUGAAGAGAGGUUAUCAAAGAGCAAGUACCUUGGUGGUGAAUUUUUCAGCCUUGCUGAUUUGAGCCACCUUCCUUUUGCUCACUACUUGAUUAAUGACAGUGGAAAGGGAUACUUGUUUCAUGAUAGGAAGCAUGUGAGUGCUUGGUGGGAGGAUAUCUCUAGCCGCCCUUCAUGGAAGAAAGUCUUGGAGCUGUAGGGUAGGGUACCUUCGGUUCGAGGAUUUCCCACGACAUGGGAAUUCGGUUUCUUACCUCCCAAGGUAUGAAGCCGAUUUCACAUGAAAUGCUGGUAUUUUGUAUUGCGGCGGGAACCUUGAAUGCUUUCACUCCUGCCACUAAUCUACGAAAAAAGUACGAGAAAACGGUGGUCCGGUAGGAAAUAUCUCUUCGGGAGAGAGAUUUCCUGUAAACCAAACGUGCCCUAGUGUCUAAUAUUCUUCAAUUUUGUUCUCUGUUACUAUAAUUGUAUGAGUGAGUUUAUGAUUUAGCAAUGAAUGUGUGAGCAAUAAGGAGGAAGUUCUAUUUUUU